UCUCUUUUAAAUAGACCCUUCACGGACCCUUCUCACUCACCUAUCUCACUGUUAAAUAUCUCUCUGUGAAUCUCAUCUUCAACCUCUCUUACACACUCGCGUUUUCGAUUCAAACAAUGGCUGACAAGAAGAUUAAGAUCGGAAUCAACGGAUUCGGAAGAAUCGGUCGUUUGGUUGCUAGAGUUGUUCUUCAGAGGGACGAUGUUGAGCUCGUUGCUGUUAACGACCCCUUCAUCACCACUGAGUACAUGACCUACAUGUUCAAGUAUGACAGUGUUCACGGUCAAUGGAAACACAAUGAACUCAAGAUCAAGGAUGAGAAGACCCUUCUCUUCGGUGAGAAGCCAGUCACUGUUUUCGGCAUCAGGAACCCUGAGGAUAUCCCAUGGGCCGAGGCUGGAGCUGACUACGUUGUUGAGUCUACCGGUGUCUUCACUGACAAGGACAAGGCUGCUGCUCACUUGAAGGGUGGGGCCAAGAAGGUUGUCAUCUCUGCCCCCAGCAAAGACGCACCCAUGUUUGUUGUUGGUGUCAACGAGCACGAAUACAAGUCCGACCUUGACAUUGUCUCCAACGCUAGCUGCACCACUAACUGCCUUGCUCCCCUUGCCAAGGUUAUCAACGACAGGUUUGGAAUUGUUGAAGGUCUUAUGACAACAGUCCACUCUAUCACUGCUACUCAGAAGACUGUUGAUGGUCCAUCAAUGAAGGACUGGAGAGGUGGAAGAGCUGCUUCAUUCAACAUUAUUCCCAGCAGCACUGGAGCUGCCAAGGCUGUCGGAAAGGUGCUUCCAGCCCUUAACGGAAAGUUGACCGGAAUGUCUUUCCGCGUCCCAACCGUUGAUGUCUCAGUUGUUGACCUUACUGUCAGGCUCGAGAAAGCUGCUACCUAUGAUGAAAUCAAAAAGGCUAUCAAGGAGGAAUCUGAAGGCAAACUUAAGGGAAUCCUUGGAUACACCGAGGAUGAUGUUGUCUCAACUGACUUCGUUGGUGACAACAGGUCGAGCAUUUUUGACGCCAAGGCUGGAAUUGCAUUGAGCGACAAGUUUGUGAAAUUGGUGUCAUGGUACGACAACGAAUGGGGUUACAGUUCCCGAGUGGUCGACUUGAUCGUUCACAUGUCAAAGGCCUAAGCUAAGAAGCAGAUCUCGAACGGCGAGGAGUGGAAAGUCAUCUGUUCAUCCUCUUUUAUGGUCUGACUUUGUCGUUUUCGAAUAAAAUUUCUUUGAACUUGGAACCCUUUUUUUUUUUUUUUGGUUUUCUUAAUUCUCAUUCAUGUGAGUUGAUGGGAGUUUGUAGACCGGUGUUUUACUGAAGCCCUUUCGUUUUUGGCUUUUGAUAUAUUGAGUUACUUAUGGUUUUUCAUUUUGUUUCA